AUGGAGGAUCUGGUUCCUGCCAAGGCAUUCUAUUCGGCUGCAGCUGUUGGCAUGGAGCCGGAUCACAGAGGCCUGAUGGCGAUCAUGCGUGAAGAGCCGCCGCCGUCUGAGGAGCCGAUGGACCUGCUGUCGAGCGCGUGGUGCAGCUCGGCGAUCCAGGUUCUUCAGACGGGUCCGAAGGAGGAGGAUCGCUCGCUGGCGCUGGUGGAGCACCCUGUCAUGGGGCUUGACGAUGAUAGGAGAGACCUGUCGCAGCUGCAGAGGAGUGAUCGUAGCUUGGUUGUUGACGACAGCGGCUUCGGUGGCGCGGCGCAGCCGCAAUGGAAAUACGACGAUCUGAAGUCAUGGAUAUGGUUGCAGAAGGCAAUUCACCCGGAGCUGGACUACGACAACAAGAAGAAAUGGCUCCCGCGCAAGAUGGCGGCGCCAUGGAGCGGCAUCUCGCUCAAGAAGUGGGUCAAGGAGCGGAAGCAGAAGCGCAAGGAGGAGGCGCGGCUGCACAGGGCCGAGGUCCACGCCGCGGUGUCCGUCGCGGGCGUCGCGGCCGUGCUCGCCGCCAUCGCCGCGGAGAACUCCGCGCCGGCGGCGCGCGGCUCGGCGUCGGCGUCGAUGAGGGAGACGGCGGUGGCCUCAGCGGCCGCGCUCGUGGCGGCGCAGUGCGCGAAGGUGGCCGAGGCCGCGGGCGCCACGCGGGACCAGGUUGCCGCCGCAGUCAACGCCGCGGUGGCCGCCACGGACGCCAGCAACGUGAUCACGCUCACCGCCGCCGCCGCCACCUCACUGCGGGGCGCGGCGGCGCUGCGGGGGAGGCGCGGGGGCAGCGGCGGCCAUGGGCAGGGCGAGAGGGCGGACCAGGGUGGCACGGCGCCGUGGCAGGACGACCUGGACUUCGACUUCAACUACGCGAGGUCCAAGGCGGCGCUGGCCAAGGGCGACGAGUUGUUCGUCGCGAUGCCGGACGGGAAGUGGAAGCUGCACACGGUGUCCGCCGCCACGGACAGGAACGGCAAGGUCGUCCUCCGGAUCAAGAAGAUGAACCUCGUCAUGCAGGCCUUCUCCAACGCGAGAGAAUGCGUGGUGGAGGACGUCCGGCCGUGCGCGCCGGAGAAGGCGAGCCGGGAGGCGGAGGCGACGUACCCGGUGGAGGUGAGGACGAGCAGGGGCAAGGUGGAGCUCCGCGCCGACGACUAUGCCGUGUACAAGAGGUGGGUCACCACGGUGACGCACAUGCUCACCUCCUCCACCGCCAUCACCUCUUUAGGAGAUGCUUCACGGAAUAGAGUGUGA